AUGGAUAAAUAUAAGUACAGGGUUGAGAUUCAACAGAUGAUGUUUGUGUCAGGUGAAAACAAUGAUCCUCCUAUCGAGACUACCUGUCUGAUAGAAGACAUUGUCCGUGGUCAAGUCGUUGAAAUUCUCCUCCAAGCGAAUAAAACAGCGCAUUCCCGAGCAAGCAAAAGCAUAAUGCCAGAAGAUGUAAUUUUCCUAAUCAGACAUGAUCGUGCCAAAGUGAACCGGCUAAGAACUUAUUUAUCAUGGAAGGAUUUGCGUAAGAAUGCUAAAGAUCAAGAUGCAAAUAGUGCCGCCGCCGCUGGAGCGGGUGGAGGAGGAGAUGGAGCUGACGGACCUGUGGAAGACGAUGAUAAAAAAGGGGAUAAGGACGGUGGAAAUAUGAUGAGAGUGAAAAAAUCUCAAAUCAAAUUACCUUGGGAACUACAGUUCAUGUUCAAUGAACAGCCGCUAGAGACAAACGAGGAUGCUGAUGAUCUGGACGAAGAUGAAAGAGAAGCCAACAUAGCCACACUUAAAAGACUGAAAAUGGCAGACGAUAGAACCAGGAACAUGACCAAGGAAGAGUAUGUCCACUGGUCUGAUUGUCGGCAAGCCAGUUUUACCUUCAGGAAAGGGAAAAGAUUCAAGGAUUGGUCAGGGAUUUCUCAAUUAACAGAGGGGAAGCCUCAUGAUGACGUGAUCGAUAUUCUGGGGUUCCUAACAUUCGAAAUUGUUUGUGCAUUAACGGAAACUGCCCUCAAGAUUAAAAAACGAGAAGAACUACUUCAGACGAAAAAGGACAAAUCUGAAAAAGUGAAACCUGACGAGAUCAUAGAGACAAGAAGAAACAGAAAAAAAAGAAUAUUUGAUGGUCCAGAUAAUGUUGUCAAUCCUUUGCGAUCGAAGCAUGUGGAAGAGGCUUGGCGCGUUUUGCAAGCAAUCGACACGAAACACAGAGCUUUAACUAACUUCAAAGGAGGAAGAUUGUGCUCCCGUCCUGCAAUUAUGUAA